UAAUAUAAAGAAGUUUGUCACCAACUACACAGAACCAAGAGAAGAGAGAAGAAGAAGAAGAAGAAGAAGAAAACGAAAGUCAUCGUAAUCUCCAAAACGUAGACGUUUCGAUGCAGAGCCCGACUCUGGACUUUAAUCGACUUGAGAUUUUGUCAUUGUUAGGUCGCGGUGCUAAAGGAGUUGUGUUCUUGGUGAGAGACAAAGACGAUGAUAGAUUGCUUGCUUUGAAAGUUAUACUUAGAGAAGCAAUCGAGAAGAAGAAGAAGACGAAGAACAACGAUGAGUAUAAGCGCGUGAGUUUCGAGCAAGAAGUAUUAAGCAGAUUCGAUCAUCCUCUGUUUCCUUCUCUUCACGGUGUUUCGUCAACAGAUAAAGUAAUCGGUUACGCGAUCGAUUAUUGUCCCGGAAAAAAUCUCAAUUCAUUGAGGAAAAUGCAAUCGGAGAAUAUGUUUUCCGAUGAGAUCAUCAGGUUUUACGCGGCGGAGCUUGUGCUCGCGUUUGAUUAUCUUCACAAUCAAGGAAUCGUUUACAGAGAUCUGAAACCGGACAAUGUGAUGAUCCAAGAAAACGGACAUUUAAUGCUCGUCGAUUUCGAUCUAUCGACGAAUCUAGCUCCGAGAACGCCGCAACCGUCACCGUCGCCAUCAUCGGAAACAAAAUCGUCUCCGGCAAGGAGGAUAAAGAAACGCCUUUUCCGAUUCGCAAGUUUCUGCAACUCGGGGAUUUCGCCGGAAGAAGAAGAAUCGAAUUCGAUCCGCUCAUCGGUAUCAGCGGCCGUGUCGGAUUCUUCAAGAGGAGAAAAGUCGAAUUCCUUCGUCGGAACAGAGGAAUACGUCGCGCCGGAAGUUAUCACCGGAGGAGGUCACGAUUUCGCCGUCGAUUGGUGGUCGUUAGGGAUUGUUCUAUACGAGAUGUUGUACGGUACGACGCCGUUUAGAGGAUCGAACCGGAAAGAGACGUUUUUCAGGAUAUUAACUAAACCGCCGAAUCUGAUCGGCGAAACGACGUCGCUGCGAGAUCUGAUUAGGAGAUUGUUGGAUAAAGAUCCUAGCCGUAGGAUUAACGUUGAGGAAAUCAAGGGUCAUGAUUUCUUUAGAGGAGUAGAUUGGGAUAAAGUGACGUUGGUUUCUAGACCGCCGUAUAUUCCGGCGCCGGACGAUGGUGGUGAUAAGGGUAAAGAUGGGAAUACGAAAAUGGAUGUGGAGAUUAUUGUUCAAGAGAUUUUUGCUGCGCGAAAAGAACGUGAUAAACAGAGCGAUAGUAAUAAUAAUGCUAAUUUGAAACUUAAGAAUGAAAAAAGUGGGGAAUGGGUUAAGGGAUUAAAUAAUAAUAACGACUUGGAAAGCGAUAAUAAUUUUUUGGUAUUUUAAUUCAAUUCGUUUUUUAUUUUCAACAAUCAACACUGAGGAGAAUCGGCUUUUACGUGUAAAUUUAAUUAGCAUCUAAUGGUAUAUCAAAAGAUCGGCUUAUAAAUAAAAAAAAUUAGAUUCUAUCAUGUGUAUACACAUGUGCAUGGGAACUAUUUUUAA